CUGACGCUGGUGUGACGUUAAUAUGGUGCCUAUCAAUUUGUCAUGGCGGAGGGCUGGGGAGGAGGAAUAGGAGGCGGAAUAGAAGGAGGAGUUCCCCCCCAGUCAUAGCUUUCUCACAGCCGCAUUCCGGCGCAUAGCACCGGCACACACCGCAGCACAGUCCCGGGCCGAGUCACCGUAUAGACAGGCGAGAACGGAAAGUUUUUCCCGCUUGUCUUUGUGCGUGUUUUUUUUUUUUUAACACGACGACGGUGUCAUGGUUCCUUCGUUUUACUCUUCUUCCAAGAGGAACCAAAACAGGAGAUUUGUGUAAGCCCGAUCGCCUCAUCCUCCUGCUUUGGCGCACCAUGGUGAUCAUGUCCGAGAACAGCCGGGGGCCCCAGCCCAGCCCCGGGCCUCAGGCAAGGCCCCUUCAGGUGGGCUUCUACGAGAUCAUCCGCACCCUGGGCAAAGGCAACUUUGCGGUGGUCAAACUGGCCAAACAUAAAGUCACAAAAACACAGGUGGCUAUAAAGAUCAUCGACAAGACGCGAUUAAAUUCGUCCAAUUUGGAGAAAAUCUACAGGGAAGUGCAGAUUAUGAAGCUGCUCAAUCAUCCUCACAUCAUCAAACUCUAUCAGGUCAUGGAGACCAAAGACAUGCUGUACAUCGUGACAGAAUAUGCAAAGAACGGGGAGAUGUUUGAUUACUUGACCUCAAACGGCCGCAUGAGUGAAGUCGAAGCGCGGAACAAGUUCUGGCAGAUUCUCACGGCGGUGGACUACUGCCAUCGGCACCACAUUGUCCACCGUGACCUCAAAACCGAGAACCUGCUGCUGGACGGCAACAUGAACAUCAAACUGGCCGAUUUUGGAUUCGGUAACUUCUACAAUGCAGGGGAGCCUCUGUCGACAUGGUGUGGCAGCCCCCCUUAUGCGGCUCCCGAAGUCUUUGAGGGCAAGGAGUAUGAAGGUCCUCAACUCGACAUUUGGAGCCUCGGCGUGGUGCUCUAUGUGCUCGUGUGCGGCUCGCUUCCCUUCGACGGGCCCAGCCUUCCCGCACUCAAACAGAGAGUCACCGAGGGACGCUUCAGAAUCCCCUUUUUCAUGUCCCAAGACUGUGAAAACCUGAUCCGGAAGAUGUUGGUGGUGGACCCGGUCAAGAGGAUCACCGUGGCCCAGAUCAAGCAGCACCGCUGGAUGCUGGCAGACCCCUCGGCGGCCCACCAGACCUUGAGCCACUCCUUGACAGAGUACAACUCCAACUUGGGGGACUACAGCGAACCCGUGCUGAGCAUCAUGAACACCCUGGGGAUCGACCGCCAGAGGACCAUUGAGUCUUUGCAAAGCAGCAGCUACAAUCACUUCUCGGCCAUCUACUACCUGCUGCUGGAGCGGGUCAAGGAGCAUCGGAACCAGCAGCUGAGCAGACAAUGCGGAAGUUGGAACCAAAGACCCAGGAGCAUCUCCGACACCACCGGAGCCGAGCAAAUCGUCAUGAAAUCCGGCGAUGGCUUCAGAACGGCGCCAUUCUCGAUUCCGGCCAAAAACUCCCAAGCUGCUCCCAUCUAUUCGGAGAUGGAGUGCGAUCAGGGCGGAUUGUUCCAGCGUGUGGUCUUCCCAGUGGAGGCCAGCCUCAACCGACUGCUGUGGAACCGCUCCAUUUCGCCCAACAGCCUGCUGGAGACCAGCAUCAGCGAGGAGGUGCGACCCCGCGACCUGGAGGAGGAGGAGGCUGCACAAAGUCUCGGCCCUCUGCUGCCCCCCGCCGCCAACACCUCCCGCCGGCACACUCUGGCUGAGGUCCACUCUGCCCGUUUUCACCAGUGCAACCCUCCAUGUAUCGUGGUCAGUCCCUCUGACGGCGCCUCGUCUGACAGCUGUCUGAAGUCCUCUUCCAGUCCCGCCCCCACUCCGCAGGCUCCCAUGGGCGACGUGUCAACACCUCUGGCCUGCAGGGCUAAAGAGGGGGCCCUCCUCCCUGCCGGCGGCCCCCUGGCCCUCUCCUCCCACCUCCUGCCCCAAGUCCAGGGGAGCCUUCCCGCCGCCAGCUUCCAGGAAGGUCGCCGAGCCUCCGACACCUCCCUGACACAAGGCCUCAAAGCUUUCCGCCAGCAGCUGAGGAAAAACACUCGCACCAAAGGGCUGCUGGGAUUGAACAAGAUCAAAGGUUUGACGCGGCAGGUGGCUCCGCCCCCGUCCUGUAACCGGGGCAGCCGCGGCUCCCUCGGCCCCGCCCUUUCUGAGCAUCGCACUAUGCUGGAGGAAGUCCUGCAUCAGCAGCGGAUGCUGCAGAUCCAGCACCAGCCGCAGCAACCUCAGGGCCAGGCCGCUCAGACAGGACCUACCCAGAAUCCCCUGCUGUUCCUGUCCCAACAGCCGUCGUCCUCUCCUCCGCCCACUUCAGUAUUCGCUCCCUCCCCGUUAAUGGAGGCCUCCUGCCUCCUCCAGACCAAGCCUCAGCACGCACUGCCUCCUCCUCCUCCGGUGGUCCUGCAGCACGGCCUCUGGCAACGAGGCCUGGAGACCGCCAUCAGCGCCACCUCCUCUUUGUCACCGGUGGCCUCUGCCGCUUACCUCCUGGAGGCCCGCCUGCACAUCAGCCCACAUGUCCAACCCCCCCACCACCACCACCACGUGGGCUUACAACAGCCGGGUGCUGCACACUUCCCCAACAACAAGCCUGCCGUGUGGGGCGUGGGCUCCAGUGCAGAAGCCGACAUGCAGAAGCCACUGAGCAGCUGUGUGAUGGUCAAAUAAUAAGAUGAAGAACAAGAGGAGGAGGACGUCCUAGAAGCUAAAAGAGCAAUAACCAAACUCUGCAGAGAUGCAAUCAUAGACUUGAAUGAUCUUUCAAUGAAAACAGAAAGACACCAUCUUUUCCUUGGUUUUUGUAGUCCUGGAUUGAGGACCAAAACAACUCUUCACGUGUCUUCUCGCCUCUUGUGGCUGGCGCUGUGCAAUUAACACCGUUACUAGAAGGAAACUCAUGUGCAAGCUGUGCAAAUGCUGCUUUUUGUACCUCAAAAGACCCCCUCAUCAGCCUCCACCUGAAGGAGCGUAGCAUUUCGCUAGCAAAGCACAAGUUGGCACGCAGCACGUCAUCCAUACCCUCUCUUUGUAGUCUACUACCUCCUCAGGAUGUCCAGUAUUAGGACAGAAGACCCCCCUGGUGGCCCACAGUGGACAAAGCAAGCAUGACUGGGCCAGUUUGGUGUGGCUCCACCCAGACUGCGAGAAAGACCGCCAAAAAACCUCAUUUAUUGACCUCAUUCAAUGAGAACAAAAAGUCCAAAAAUCUCGUUAACGUAAGCCAAUGGCGGUAGCUGCAGAAAAAAACAUGGAGGGGCCACAUGAGAAGCUUUAGCCAAAAACAAGCAAUACCUACUCGCUAAAGCACAACUACUCUGGGCAGCGUUUGUCUGCUUGUUGCACAACAUUGGCAGGGAAACAAGAGUUCAGAACAUUCACAUCCCCCCUCCCCUUAAAAAAACACUAUUUUCUAACUUGGACCGAACCAUGUCGCUGGCAGGUUAUAAUAAAAGCUUGUGGAAUAUUUCUAUUGCAAUAACGUCCACAGUGGAUAGAGCCAGCGUAGUGGAUGGAGGAAACGUAGUGCCACCCUACUGCAAUAGGUUGACAUAGGAUGGUGACAGGUACUCGAUGCCCCCCCCCCCAAAUUGUCGUUUUUAUUUCAACCAAAGAGAAUGAGUGAAACACUACCGAGCUGUCUCAGUGUAGCGCAGCCGUUGCUGCUGGUUGCCGUCACAUAAGCUAGCAAUAUAUCAGCGCCGCCGACUAUUAAGCUUUUUUGGGGGGGGGGGGGGGAAUUCACAUAGGAAAUAUUGCAGCGUUGAUACAUUUGCACUCACUACAAACCCUUGUGCCUUUUUAUAUGAACAACAAAAACGUGCAAGGCGCCCCCCCCCCCCACACACACACACACACACAAUGCUCCUUGCUGUGUCCGAGAAGCAAAAGCAGGAUUGCACUUUAUUCCUACUGCUAACGUUAGCUUGUUGUUGCGACUGAAACACUAAAAUACUCUCGAUGCAAGACCCUUUUUUGAUAAAUCUUUUUGGAUAAGAAGUAUUUCUCGUUUGUUUCCUCAUUUGUUACUUGACUGAUUGUGUGUGUGUAAGAAUGUCCUUUAAAGAAAGAUUGUUUAUUUAUGUGGCUAUUUAUUUGAAUAAAGUUCACUUCCUAAACGCCCU